UGCCAUCUAAUAAGAGGAAAAAGAGAGGCAGAGAGAGAGGGAUAAUAGUUAUAGUGAACUCUUUAUUGUUCGGGCAUUGGGAUAAAAUGGUGCUCACCCUGCUUCUGAGCACCCUUUGGCUUCAUUUCACUGUUGGUGUGGCUUCAGAACCGCAAUAUAUUCUAUGGGUCUCCUCUGUGAUUCAGAGUCACUCUACAGAAAAAGCCUGUCUUCAUCUUUUAAACCUUAAUGAGUCUGUAUCCUUGAGUAUUGUCCUAGAGUAUGAUGAAGUCAACGUCACUAUUUUUGACCAGCCUGUGGAGGAGGAGAACUUCUAUGCUUGUGCAGAUUUCCAGGUUUCUCAAAAGCCCUCUGAGCAGUUAGCUUUUGUGACAUUGUUGGUGAAGGGUGAUACUCUUGACAUCUUUGAGAGGAGGUCUGUGGCACUCGUCUCAGAAGAGACAGUAACUUUCGUCCAGACAGAUAAACCCGUCUACAAACCUGGAGAGGAUGUUCAAAUUCGCAUUGUGACACUGAAUACCAAGUUCAAACCUGUUGAAGAGAUGUAUCCUUUAAUCACACUUCAGGAUCCUCAAAACAAUGGGAUUUUUCAAUGGGAAAAUGUGACUCCUUUUCAAAAUAUUACCCAACUGUCAUUCAGAUUGAUUUCAGAACCAAUGUUUGGCGAAUACUCUAUAGUUGUGAAAACAGCAUCAGGAAGGAUGUUGGCACACCCAUUUACUGUUAAUAGAUAUGUAUUGCCUAAGUUUGAAGUAAAGGUCGAUGUACCACAAACAGUAACUAUUUCAGAUGAGGAAUUCCAAGUGGAUGCAUGUGCUAAGUACACCUUUGGCCAACCUGUGCAAGGAAAAGCUCAAAUCAAGGUGUGCAGAGAAUAUUUUUCCUCUGGGAAUUGUGAAAGAGACAACAAUGAAAUAUGUGAAGAAUUUAUUGUGCAGUUGAAAAAUGGUUGUGUUUCUCAAAUUGUAAAUACAAAGGUCUUCCAACUUUCCCGUUCUGGAUUUUUCAUGUUAUUUCCUAUCACUGUAACUGUAACAGAAACUGGGACAGGUGUGCAGAUCAGUGAAAAAGCUUCUAUUUCUAUCACUUCAUUUCUUGGGUCAGUGAACUUUGAGAACACGGACACUUUCUAUAGAAGAGGAAUUCCUUUUUUUGGCACACUUAAAUUUUCUGGUCCGAAUAAUGUCCCGAUGGUGAACAAGCUAUUGCAAUUGGAACUCAAUCACAAAUUUAUAGGAAAUUACACCACAGACGAGAAUGGUGAAGCUCAGUUAUCCAUUGACACUUCAGAUAUAUGUGAUCCGGAGUUCAUCCUGAAAGCCACAUUUGUUCACCCUAAGAACUGCUAUGUUCCCAGCUGGUUGAUGCCUGAGUAUUUGGAUGCCCAAAUAUCAGUCCCACGCUUUUACUCUAAAACCAAUAGCUUCCUGAAGAUUGUUCCUGAACCAAAGCAGCUUAGAUGCAAUCAACAAAAGAUUGUUAAUGUGCUUUACUCCCUAAACAGUGAAGCAUACAGGGAAGAGUCAAAUAUAAACUUCUUUUAUUUGGUGAUGGCAAAAGGGGCUAUCUUGCUCAGUGGACAAAUGGAAAUCAGAGACAAAGCCUGGGAUGGACAGUUCUCAUUCCCCAUCCACAUCAGCGCUGACCUGGCUCCUGUGGCCAUCAUGCUCGUCUACACCCUUCACCCCAGCGGGGAAAUUGUGGCGGACACUGUCAAGUUCCAGGUUGAGAAGUGCUUUAAAAACAAGGUUAGCCUCAAGUUCUCUGAGGAGCAGGGACUCCCUGGCUCCACCACCACCCUCUAUCUAGAAGCAGCCCCGGACUCCCUCUGCGCACUGCGGGCUGUGGAUAAGAGUGUCCUUCUGCUGAAAUCAGAACAAGAGCUGUCCGCGGAAAGUGUGUAUAACCUGCUUCCAAAUAUAGAACUCUAUGGUUAUUUCCAUCAUGGUCUCAACCUUGAUGAUGGCAAGCAAAACCCUUGCAUUCCUCAGAAGGAUAUGUUUUACAAUGGUUUGUAUUACAUACCUGUAGGCAACUAUGGAGAUGGAGACACCUAUGAUCUUAUCAGGGCCAUGGGUCUGAAAGCCUUUACUAACCUCCAUUAUCGGAAGCCAGAAAUAUGCUCAAUGGAGUGGAGGCCAUUCUCCAGGGGUUCAUUUCCAAUUGGAAACCCAUAUCAACCGAUGUACAGUGCCCCACCUGGAACUGCAUUCGCCGGUGAUAACUUAGGCCUUGUAGAAUGGGCUAUCACAGAAACAGUAAGAACGAACUUUCCAGAGACAUGGAUAUGGGACCUCGUCAGUGUCGAUUCCUCAGGUUCCGCAAAUGUUUCAUUCCUCAUCCCUGAUACCAUAACUCAAUGGGAGGCAAAUGGCUUUUGUGUGAAUGGUGAGGCAGGGUUUGGCAUUUCGUCAACAACUGCUCUGGAAGCCUCCCAACCUUUCUUUGUUGAAAUGGCCCUACCCUUCUCAGUUGUUCGAAAUGAACGAUCUGAUGUGAUUGUCAGUGUCUUCAGCUACCUGAGUACAUGUGCAGAGAUUUCUGUGCAACUGGAAGAAUCUGAGGAUUUUGAGGCAAAUAUCAGCACCCCUAAAAAUAAUGGCAGUGAGGUUAUUAAACCUGGACAGAGAAAAACAUAUGUCUGGACUCUUAUGCCUAAGAAGUUGGGUAAAAUGAAUAUCGUUGUAGUCGCUGAGUCCAGACAAAGUAGUGCUUGCCCAAAUGGAGAUGAGCAGCAAAAUCUAAGCUGGAAAGAUACUGUGGUCAAAAGUUUGUUGGUAGAGCCCGAAGGUAUUGAAAAGGAAAUGACUCAAAGUUUCUUUAUCCAUACAACAGGCACUAACGUCUCCAUGACAAUAGUUUUGGAUUUGCCAGAUAAUGUGGUAGAAGGAUCAGCCAGGGCCUUUAUCACUGUUGUGGGGGAUGUUCUAGGACUUUCGAUGCAGAAUCUUGAGAAUCUUCUGCAAAUGCCCAGUGGAGGUGGAGAGCAGAAUAUUGCCCUGCUAGCGUCUGAUACUUAUGUCCUUGACUACCUGCAAUCUACUGAACAAUUGACAGAGGAAGUUAAAUCUAAGGCUUUCUCUUUCUUAUCUAACGGCUAUCAAAAGCAGCUGUCUUUCAAGAACAUUGAUGGCUCAUAUAGCACAUUUUGGCGGAGGAAUCAGAAAGGAAGCAUAUGGCUCAGUGCCCUUACCUUUAAGACAUUUGAGAGAAUGAAGAAGUAUGUUUUCAUUGAUGAACAAGUUCAACAACAGACCUUCAUCUGGCUUUCGAGCAAACAGGAAAGCAAUGGUGGCUUUAAGAGUGAUGGCGAGAUUUUCCACAAUGCCUGGGAGGAAGAAGUAGAAGAGGAGGAGGAGGACAUUUUACUCACUGCAUAUGUUGUUGGAGCAUUCCUUGAAGCUGGGCUCAAUUUUACUUUUCCUGCUCUGCGACAUGGGCUCUUUUUCCUGGAGGAGGCAAUGGAAAAUGGUGUCACCAAUGGCUACAAUCAGGCAAUGCUAGCUUAUGUUUUUGCAUUAGCUGGAAAAGAGGAGAAGGUGGAAUCCUUACUCCAGAUUCUGGAUCAAUCUGCUACCAAAGAAAAUAAUGUAAUAUAUUGGGAAAGAGCUAAGAAACCCAAGACAGAAGCACACCCAUACUUUAUUCCUCCGGCCCCUUCUGCCGACACUGAAAAGACUUGCUAUGUGCUGUUGGCCAUCAUUUCCCAAAAAGCUCCUGACCUCGCCUAUGCUAGUCAGAUUGUGCAGUGGGUUGCUCAACAAAUGAAUUCCCAAGGAGGCUUCUCUUCCACCCAGGACACUGCUGUCUGUCUUCUUGCCGUAACCCGUUACAUGAAGCUAACAUUCGCCAACGGUGAAAACAAUGUUACCGUUAGCAAUGAAGAAUACAGUGAGGUCUUCCAGGUUAACGAUGACAACCGCUUACUCGUCCAGCGUUCAGAACUAACAAAAGCAUAUGGACAAUACACAGUGGAUGUAGAAGGAGAAGGUUUUGCAUUUAUUCAGGCUACCCUUAGGUAUAAUGUGCUACCAUCUGAGAAGGAAUCCGGAUUUUUCCUUUCCUUGGAAAUGGCAAAGAAAAACUGUUCAGAUGAAUUACAGAAUGAUUUUGAGCUGACAGUAACCAUCAAAUACAUUGGAAUACGCAAUACCUCCAAAAUGGUCCUUGUUGAUGUAAAAAUGCUCUCAGGAUUUACUCCAGUCAUGUCAUCCACUGAGGAGCUUGAGAACAAUGGCCAAGUGAUGAAGACUAAAGUCAAGAAUGACCAUGUUCUUUUCUUCUUGGAAAAUGUUUCUGGUCCAGCAAAGAGUUUCACUUUCUCUGUUGAGCAAAGCAACCUUGUGUCCAACAUUCAGCCAGCCCCAGUUAUGGUCUAUGAUUAUUAUGAAACAGAUGAGUAUGCCAUUGUUUUUUACAAUGUCAACAGUGUUUCAGUUUCCCUUUGAGAAAACAAAGCACAGGAAAAGGUGGAAAGCUAUUUGCUUUGAACAAACUUAUCCUUCUGAAUCAACCUGAAAGAAAACCAUUCAUAGUCUGUAACCUGUAUGACUUCUCAAAUUUUAUUUCCUUAUUACCCAUUAAAUGCUGUGAUUUCA